UCCAUCUAACCCCUACUUCCCCCACCACCGACGCGCGCAUGCGCAAUGCUGCGGGAGCACACCCUCAAUCCGCCGGUGCUAUUUUCUUGGGUUUUGAAGACGAAAAUUUCGUGCAACACACAGCGAAAAAAUCGACUUAAAAAAAACCUUUUUCAUCAUUAAAUCUACACUCAUUAAUCUAUUCAUCCAUUCAUUCCUUUAGCUCAUUCAUUCUUCACAUUAAUUCAUCAUUUAAUCAUUUUAUUUUACAGCUCUUCAUAAAAAAAUAUCGUGUUUAAAAAGUGUUCCAGUGAAGACUUGUGUCAUUAUUUGUUUAAAUUAAUUUUGUGGCUUAGCAAAAGUGUUUCAGGGAUCCAGUGACAUCGAUAAUUUUCUCUUUUUCAUUGUGAACAUUUAGAAGAAGUGAGCUUAUAUGCAACUUGAGGGAGAAACCCCGGAAGGAUUCGCGAUAACUUACGGUCGUCUCAUAGACGUCGGUCCUUCGCACUUCACUUGGAACAACACUAUGAAGUUAUGGAACAUAGUUACUGACUUAUGGAUUCGUGAAAGAGGAACUAUGAAGGGACAUCUCUUCGUUGUAGACAUCGAGGGGGUCACCUUCGGUCACGCUGGUCGGUUGAGUCCCCUGGGGUUUAAGAAAUAUUUCACAUUCUUACAGGAUGCGCUCCCAGUUCGUUUGAAGGGACUUCACUUCAUUCACUCGUCACCAGUCAUGGAAGUCAUUCUCUCGAUGAUGAAACCUUUCAUGAAAAAGGAAUUGUUGGAGAUCCUCCACGUGCAUACCACCAACGACACUGUAGAGAAAUUUUUCCCUGUCGACCUUCUGCCUAAUGAAUCAGGAGGUAAAGCCGGUUCUGUGAUGGAACUACACAUGGACAAUAUCAAGAAACUCGAGGCCAAUCGGGAUUGGUUUCUGGAGGACGAGCAGACCAUGCGCGUCGACGAAACCCUGCGCGUUGGAAAGCAAAAGACUGCCACCGAUCUGUUCGGAGUAGAGGGAAGCUUCAAGAAGCUAGACAUUGAUUAAAGCUUUUCUAAAUGAAUUUACAACCUGUUCUCUCAAUCACAGUUGAAGUUAUUCAACAGCCACUGAUCAUAGAUUGAUUUUUUAUUAGAUUUAUAAUAAUGACAAAAAUGCGAAUGCAGUGU